UGGCACUUUCUUUGUGAGAGACAGACGUGUUUUUGGUGAGAGAAAACGAGAUAGUUAUCGAUAGCUUGAGAUAGUUUGUGAUUUACGAUUUUUACGAUUUUACAUUUUUUACAAUUUUUACAAUUUUUACGAAUAAUUUAGUUUUACGAUUGAUUUAGUUUUACAAUUGAUUGAUUGAUUGUCAAUCCCAGAGCAAACGCUGGGAUUGACAAUCCCAGCGUUUGCUUUACGAACCCGUGCAAACGAAGAAGCCAUGAACGACUCCACCAGUUCAGGGGCUCCAGAAGUCCCAGCAGACUUUAUGAUAUCAUUGAUGGAAGAUUUCUUUUCGUCCAUCUCAAUGGAGCAGACCGUGGAUUUGGCCGUAGGAGAACCCGAUGAUGACACCUUAUCUAAGCUAAAGGAGCUGGUGUUGGAUGUUGCCAAUCUAUGUACCGCCUUCAUCUACAAAGCACGCUUCACAUCUGGGGAUGUGGAAACUGUUGUGGGCAAGUCAGUACUGACAUCAUUUCUGGACUACCUUAACAUGCGUCCAACGACUCAACCCAAGAGCUUUGACAUCUUCAAUAAGCAAUUAGUCAAACUUGUCAAAGAAAAAGUGAGCUAUGUCCUCGGCCCCAUGGAUGAUCAAUUAGGUUUUUAUGUCUCUGAGAUGGACAGACUGGAUAUAAUGCUUCCACAUGCAGAGAUAUUAAUAGAGGAACUGUUAGCUGAGAGGCGUAUACAACAUCAGCAGAGGAAGCAAAAUGUUGCUGAAGACCAGCUAGAUGCCCUCAAUAGGCAGCAGACAGAAGAGCUUCAGCCCAUCGGUUUUGAUCGGGGUGAUUCCCAGACUGUGGAGGAAAAACCCACUCAGAGAUCUCGGGGGUCCCUCCGUAGGUACCACCAUUUGUGGUUUGAGAUGUUACCGGUGAUCCCAGAGGAACCAGAACUCGAGGAGGCAGAAGCAGAGAUCAACGAGGAGAGGGAUUUUAUUCCUGAGGACCAGGAAUCAGAUCUGAAGCUGGUGGAUGAAUUCAUUUCUGAAGAGCUUUCAGCGAUGAACAAGGUGAAUUAUUUUAUCUCUAAAGAAAAGAAAUCAGAUCUUUAGAUGGUGGAUUGAUUUACAUCUGCUGAGAUUUGUGAAAUGAUGAAGGUCAAUUAUUUUCUGUCUAAGGAAAGGGAGUUGGAGCUGAAGAUGGUGGACGAAUUCAUUUCUGAGGAGCUUUCAGCGAUGAACAAGGUGAAUUAUUUUAUCUUUAAGAAGAAGGAAUCAGUUGAGCAAUGGGGUGUUUUAACUAGUCCACAGUUUUAAAUAAACACUGCAUGCAUUGGAACAAGACGAACUAUAAAUAACAGCAACCAACCCAGAUGAUCAUGAUAGACAUAAUAUUUAUCGCUCUGUUUGAACAAAGUACUGAUAUAAAGUUUUCUACUCAAUCAAUAUAUGUAGUUGAUAGUAAGAUAUUCAAAUGUUUUGUUUGCAUGUGGACUUUGCUUUCUAAAAAGAUAUAUUCCAGUGUAUUCCUUUUUUUACAAAAUAUGCAGACAGAGAUUUUAUCAAACAAUAGGUUUAAUAUCUCAAUUAUACUAAAUUGGGGCUUGCCAAAAUCAGCCUUUUUAUGUACGCUUUUGGGGAGGGUGUCCGGAAAAAAAAGUAUGUUUGUACACUUGUGAAAAUAUCUAGGAUUUUGAACAACACCUAAGGUCAAUUAUUUUAUGUCUAAGGAAAAGGAGUUGGAGCUGAAGAUGGUGGACGAAUUCAUUUCUGAGGAGCUUUCAGCGAUGAACAAGGUAAAUUAUUUUAUCUUCAAAACUAAAGACUCAGAUGCUUAGAUGGUGGAUAAAUUUAUAUCUGAUAAGAUUUCUGCAAUGAUGAAGGUAAAUUAUUUUAUCUCUAAGGAAAAGGAGUCAGAGCUGAAGAUGGUGGACAGUUUCAUCUCUGAGGAGCUUUUUGAAAUGCGCAAGGAUGGACCCAGACUUUCGAACGGUGUUCCUGUUUCAGGAGGAUUCGUAUCAUGACUUCAUAAAGGAGUUUAACGAGCGUCAGCCGAGGAUGUCGGACUUCCUGAAGGAGCUGGGGGCGGAUGCUGUUCAGCUGGACAGCAUGAACAAAGGAGCGAAGAUCUCCAGCGUGGUGGGCAGCUCAGUGGGAGCAGUGGGAGGCGUGCUCUCCAUCGUUGGCUUGGCGUUGAUUCCAGUCACAGCUGGAGCGUCUCUAGCCCUCACCAUGACUGGAAUCGGGAUGGGAGUAACCAGCGGAGUCAACAGCAUCGUCACCACCGCCACGGAGAUAGGCGUUAACCGUACGCACCAAAAGAACGCCAACAAAGUCUUGCAGAGCUUCAUGGAGGACGUGAUGAAACUGCAGGAUUGCCUGGAAGAGGUUAUGCAACAAGCGGUUGCCAAAAUGGAGACAAGCGGGCUAGGUGUAGCUCUGGGGGUCGGCAAAAUUGUUUGUAAAGUUGGAACAGUUGGGAGAAGCAUAGAUGCAAUUGUUGAUCUAGCCUCCGCUGCUAAACUACUAAAAAGUGAAGAGGUCGUCUCCAGUGCUGGUAAAGUGGUGGCUCAGGAAUCAGGAGCGCUGCGUAGCAUUCCCAGGUUGGCCUCCGACGUCCCAGAUGUCGGUCAGGCAGCCGUCAAAGGAUCUCUUGCUGCCUCCCAAACGGCCAGGGCCGGUCUGAUCGCGGUCAACGCGCUCUUCCUCGGCAUGGACAUCUUCUUCAUCUGCAAGGACAGCAUCAGUCUGGCCAAAGGCAGCGAGUCAGAGGUGUCGCAGUUCAUCAGAGCCAGAGCUGCGCUGUGGAGCUCCCAGAUGGAUUCAUGGAAGAAGAUCCACGACUCUCUGGACGAUGGCCUGCCGACAUCGGGGAAGAAGGAAGCUGUGCUGGAAACGCCUUUCUAUCCCGAGGCUGAGACGGAGAAACAGAAAUGAGAGCAAACGUUUGCUUUGAAGGAGUGGAUGAAAAACACUGGUACCACCGGCUAAUUUAAGAUAAUUACAAACACGAUCAAAUAAAAGUAAAUAUUGUGUCACUUUUAAAACA